GCGUCCUCAGCUGGAUAUAGUUGCAGUGUUUCUACAUGGUUUCUACACUCUGAAACAUCCUGGGACAUCCUUCUGUGGUUCUUUCCGUGAUUUCCAUGUUCGGCGUUGAUCGGCCACCGGACUAUUCCGCUUCCUCAGACCCUUCCCCGGCUCAAAGUUUCAGCCGCGACAUACCGCGACGUUCUUGCUGUUUCGGCCAAUGCAGGGGCUGGGACGCUUGGCUCACUCGGAUGACUCCCCGGGGCCACCCGCGUCUGGGUCGGCGCUCUUGGAGAAUUCCAUGUACCAACCCGUGCCCACCAGCGAGUACUUCGAUGGCAUGCCGAGCGACGAGCCGCGUUGCUGGAGCACGCGGGGUGGCCUCUUCAACUUGGUGGUGGGCUUGGUGGUUUGCGCCAACGCGGUGUUGAUGGCCGUCGAAGCGGACCUGGGCCUUCUGGGCCCCACGGGGCCCACCUGGUCAGGCUUGGAGACCGACCUGGACAGCGCCCACGCGGUGAGGAAGAUCCAACAUGGCCUGGAGUCGGAGAUCAAGUAUGGCAUCAAUCAAGACCAAGUCCUCAAGGACAGCCUGCAAGAGAAGCUGAACGCGACGCUGCACAAGAGCAUCGCCUUCAACAGCGAGUUGUCCUUACCUGCGGGGGCCGGACCUCUAAGGUUCGCAGCCUACACGGUUUGCGAGUACUUCUUUGUCCUGUUCUUCCUGUGUGAAAUGCUUCUGAGACUUUGCGACCUGGGCUGUCGCCGUUACCUUUGUAGAUACGCUUGGAUGCCAUUGGAUGCGGCAGUGGUGCUAACGGGUUUGAUGGAUCUGAGCUUGCCCUUCUUCCUGGAUGCUGAAGUGGAACGGAUGUCAGUCUUACCCUUCCUGCGGCUGCUCCGGGUGCUGCGUUUGUUGAAGCUCUUCCAGGUAUGUCAUCCCUUGCGGAUCAUCGGCCGUGGCGUGCUAAAGGCCUUCUCCGUGGUGAUCCUCGUGGGCCUCGUAGUGCUCGUCCUCAACUUUGGCCUGGCGAUCAUUCUCACCACUCUUAUCGGGCAGAGGUCAGCGCUGGCGGAGACCAACAGCGCCAGCCAGGUGAACUACCACGGUCAGCUGGUGCUGUGGUUCGGUUCCAUUGGGCGGUCGAUGCAAACCUUGUUCACCAUCCAAACCUUGGCCGGCUGGGAACACAUUGCGACGGUCUUGGGGAACAUCUACCCCAGUGGCAUUGUGGUGCCAAUGAUCGUGUUGUACAUGAUGAUUUGUUGCUUCGCGGUGGUGGGGCUCAUCACCAGCGUGAUCAGUGACUCCUUUGUGACAGCCCAACAGCGCGACCAGAAAGCCCGCGAGGCCGCCAAGGACAUGAAGCGAGGGACGGCUUCGAUGGAAUUGGGCCGGCAUUUUAUUGAUUACGGGAGGACCAUUCCGGGAUUCAUCAAUCGAAAGGAGUUGGAAGCAGCGCUUCAAGAACCCUUCGUCUCGCAGGUGUUGAACAGCAUGGAGGUGCCAGCCAAUAAAGUGGACAUUCUGAAGCUCUUUGACAAGUUCAACAAGGAGGCCUCUUUUGCCAAUCGCGUUCAGGCGGAGCACAUGGCCGAAGCUGUCACCAGCCUGGGGGGAGGAUGGCGCGUGUCUGGCUUCUUUGAUGUGAAGCAUCAAGUAAUGGGCGUCAAGAACGACGUGGUCUUGAAGGCUGAACUCGCAGCCAAGGAGGCGGCAGAUCAGCGAAGGGAGCUACAAGAGUUGGACCGGAAGACCAAGAGCUUGCAGACCGAGGUCUCGAAAGAGAUGUCAAGCCUCAAGAACGAGCUCUCGUCUGUGAAGGCUCAGAUCAGCAAAGUCCUGGUCAAGAUGGAGGAACAAGCGAACUGGCUGGAGCAGGAGAAGAAAGAGAGAAGUGCCAGCAUUGCCGAGAUCCAUGAGAAGAUCAACAUUUUGCCCGCUCAUGGCACUGCGCUGGCCGGCAUCACCAGCAAGGUGGAACUCAUUGAGUCGCAAGUGGUCGCGCAGUCCUCCUUGCAAGGGAAGAUUGAUGCUUUGACCCUGCAAGUCUCCAGCCAAGCCAUGGUGGGAGGUAAAGUCGAGGCCUUGCUGAGUCAGGUCUCGGCGCAACUCAUCGCCUUGAAUUCGGACAAGAAGCUCGAGGGUCUGGUGACCGCCGAGGAGGGAGAGCUACUGGACUUGAAGCCUUCGGAACCGGCGGCGGAGCCGGAAAGUUCUGUCCCCUCCGCUUCCGCAAGCAAGGAGGAGUCUGCGGAAGCCCCUCAUGCAGGCGCUGAACCCUGGGCGGCGGCCUUUGCACCAACAGCAGAGAGCUGGGCGGCCUUCCCGCCAGAGACGACCAGCUCAGGUGAGGCUGCUGCUCAGGUCGAGGAGACGAAGGAUCCGGAAUAGGCGGUUUGCUUCGCCGGACCCUGAAGCUGCGAAGUCACGUCGUGUGCGUGGUUUCAGACUGGAAAACAGCCAUGGAUGGCAUGGACGGGGAGUCCAUGAUGUGGCAUCAUGUGGCCACCUGAUUGAAGCAUUGGAAUUUAAAAAAGGGGAAAGGGAAGGAUGAUAAGGAUGUGGAUGUGUGGGCAUCCGGCAAAAUGGAUCCAUUCGGGUCCUGCAGGGUGUGCUUCUUUCUUGUUCGCGAGCAGAUGUGUUUGCUGUAAAACAUUGGAGGUCAUACCAUAUGUCUGGUUGGAGCAUCACAUUGUCACCUACUUUGUGGCGUUGACAUCUUCUGGGCUAGUCUGAUUUGACGAGCAAGCGUUCGAACUUUUCCAGGCCAUAGAAAACAAGACGCCUAGUAGUGCCAGUGUUUUGCUUCAACUCUCAAUCUUUGGUGUUUUUUUCUGUGCGGGGAUCGGUCCAUGGACGGUGAAAUUCGCUACGAAUGGACUCGUUUUGUCCGAUGAUGCUGAGGUCGACGAAAAGCGUGCGCCGCACGGGUAUGAGCAGAUUUAAAGGUCUUUGAUGAGCGUGAAGCUGCAUCUUGGGAAUUCACUUUCGAGUGGACAUUGAUGUUGAGACAUGAUGUUUUUUGUUGUCCCACACUAGAUCCAUAAAAAGUGUAUAUAGGACAUUAAAAGGUUGGCUACUAGGUUGGAGGCCAUUUUUGG